GAGGUAUCAUGUCUUAUCAUCGCUAAAUUUAAACUUCCUUAUAUAAUUGUUCAAAACUAGUCAAUAAAAUAAAAAUUGACAAUCAAUCUCUUCUUUCAAAACUUUACAUUUUUUGGUUGAAAAAUGUCGGGAUUAUAUAUCAAAUUCUGGGUUCAGUAUUGAAUUGAGCAUUCAUUCCAUUAAAAGAUGAUAAAUUUACAAUAACUCCAGAGAAGUACCAGUUAUGGAACAACGAGACGCAUUUGAAGUGGCUGUUCUCUCCGACGACGAAAUUACUGGUUCACUAACUAUUAACUCUGAUGGUCAAGAAAUAAACGAGACACAUACGAACAGACGGAACUGCCUUUGGUCCAUUAUAUUUUCUUGGAUUGUGCUUCCAACAACUGCUGGUAAUUUACUUCCAGGUGAAAAUGAAAGUCAGCACAGUCGAGACGGAAAAAUUUCAUCGUUAGUUGCCUUAAAAACAGCCGUUGGUAUUCUUGUAGUGUUAAUGUAUAUCAGGUUCGGAUCUACAAGUCUUCAAGGACUACAGAUUAAAUAUGAUAUAGUACAAAUACUAAUUAUUAUAUUUCUCGUAAUUUCAUUCUUUAUCUAUUUAGUUUUCAUUUUUGGUAUAGUAUAUUAUCCUAAUAGUUGGACAUAUUCAGAAUCAAAAAGAAAACACACAUGUCUAAAAAUGUUGUUUAUUGUAAUUUUUACACCAUGUAAUAUUGCAUACCUUGCAAUUAAAGUAAGUGUUCAUGUGAAGUGUACAGUAAAUCCAGAAAAUAGACAAAGUUUAUCAAUACAUAUAAUUUAUGAAUGUCUUUUCAUCGUUUUUCUAAUAUUUCAAAUGUUAUUUAUGUGUAUGUCUUCCGGAAAAAAUUUGUACAAAUCCUGUCUCAUCCAUUAUGCUGCUACAAUUGUUAUCGCAUCAAAUGUUGCAAUUGUGUUCUAUAGUUCUCUCAAAACCCACUUUGAAGAAAUUUUACAUCAUGAUGCAAAAAUUGAAUGUUUUAAUCAGACAAUUGCAUUCUCAAUCUAUGAUUCUUCAAAAUUAUAUCUAGAACCUACAGUGAUUGAAAAUGCGCUUUUGUGUAUACUUGUAAUAAAAGAAAUAUUUUCUUGUUCACAUGACAAUCAAAAAGAUCAUAUAGAAACACAAAUAUAUGCUAUAAGGGGUAAACUUAUGUGUGUCACUGUAUUAGCGGUAGUUUUUGUUUUUCCUUAUUUUUUACUCAGAAUUUUACUUCUUCAUAAUAAUGAUAGCAGCAACCACCUUUACUUUGUUCAAGCAUGCACAUUUGCAGUUCUUAAAUUUAUAAUGUACAUAGUUUUGAUUAAAUGUUUUCAUUUUCUUCUGAUCAAUUGUAGAAAUUAUUAUACAACAUCUGAAACACCUCUAAAAUUAAAUCAUUACUUAAUUUUAUUUAGUGCUUUAGGAUCAGAGGUAUUCUUUGGAUUGAAUUUUGCUGCAUCUGUUGAUAAAGUAGAAACACAAACAGUCUUGUACGCAGUCAAUAAUGUAUUGCAAUUUAUAACUACUUUUGUGCAAACUGUAUUAAUCAUUCAAAUGAAAGAUUACAAAAAAAUAGAAGAUGUGUCUGUAUCAGCUACAUUCCUUUUCCUAGCCUUGGUUAAUUUUGGUCUUUGGUUAUACGAUACGUUCCUUGAAGCCGUGUACUUUGAUCAUCUUCACUAUACAACACUUUAUUAUGGACAAACGACGACUCUGACAAUAAGACAUCUAUUUGUACCUAUGGUAAUCUUUUAUCGUUUUAAAUGUUUCCUGUCUUUUUUUGAAUUAUCAGCUUUUACACCUCCAUUUGUAGACCGACUUCUUGGUGCUGUGGACAAAAUGAAAAGAAAAGUCUGUUGUCAACGACAACAAAGUUAUGAGGAAAUAUAAAACUGUUGCUUUCUCAAGAAAGGAAAAUGUUUUCAUAUACCAUAUAUUAAAUAUAAAUUAUUUAAAUAUCUUGAUAUAUUAUCCUACUGUUAAAAAGAUAUUCACUAAAAAGCCAUUCCUUCUAUAGAAUCCUUGCUUUGAUAACCAGACAAAUCGAGUGAAUUAAGAAAAUUAAUUACU